AUGUUUAUCAUCUUAUUCCUAUUUUUCAUAGAAAGUAUUUAAGAGUACUGUGAGCCUUAUGGCGUAAGAUUAUUUUUAGGACAUUAUUAUACAAACUUAAAGAUCGAAACAGAUGCAUUAAGAAUAGUAUUCAAUACUAAAAAUUAAUGUAAUAAUUAGUUUUAGGUAUUCAUCAAAGGAGAUUAAGAAUUCAAUAUUACAACUUAUAAAACCAAGUUUUUAAACAUGACAGAUAUUUAUGUUGGUACAAAAGCCAAUAUAGAAUAUGAAACAUACAUACAUACUUUCCAAAUUCCAAUAUAAUAAACUUCAAGAAUUUUGUAUGCUUUGAAGAACAAUGAUGAAUUGAUUAAAGAAGCUUAAGUUAAAUUACCUCAACUUCAACAAGAUACUACUAAAGUUCUCUUUUUUGGAGACAUGGAUUCAAGAUGGUUAUUCAAUAGAUCCAAGUAAACCUUUGAUUGGUUUGAAGAAUAAAUAAACCAAAAUAUUGAGUAUGAUAGUUUGCUUUUCACUGGAGACAUGGCAUAUAAUCUUGAAUCGGAUAAUUGUGAAAGAGGCGAGCUUUGGCUAAGCAGAAUUAGCUUAUUUACAUCUUAUUAUCCUUUUAUGGUAACUCCUGGAAAUCAUGAUAGCGGCUACAACCGUAAAUAGAUAUUUCUUAAAGAGCACUUUUAAAUGCCAUAUAUUAAUGAGCUUGAUAUUUAAGAAUAUGAAAAUUAUUUUUAUAGCUUUAACAUUGGUUUCGCACAUUUUAUUUAAUAUGAUCCAGUAAAAAUUAUUUACAAAGCAGAUCCAAAUAACUUAAUUAGAGAUCAACUUUUACUACAGUUUAGAGAUGAUUUAAGUAAAGCAGUGUAAAAUAGAGAAGAAGUACCUUGGAUUGUUGUAUUUACACAUUAUCCAAUUUAUUGUAAUUAUAUGGAUGAUGAUCAAUGCGUUAAUAAUUUUAAAUAUUUAGCUGAAUUUGAAAAGCUAUUUUAAGAAUUUCAUGUGGAUCUGUAUGUCUCAGGUCAUUAGCAUAAUUAUUAGAGAAAUUAACCCUAUUAUUAAAAUCAUUCAGUUUCAUAUUAAAUUGAUGAAAAUAUCUACUAUAACUAUGAAAGUCCUAUUACAAUUAUAGAAGGAGCUGGAGGAGCUGAUUAUGGAGCAGAAAUUAUGUUACUUGAAAAUAAACCAUAUACAGUAAAACAGAUGGACCAAAAUGGUGUAGGUCUGUUAUAAGUAAUGAAUAAAACACAUUUGUAAUUCUAAUAGGUGAGAGUUUCUACAAAUUAAAUUAUUGAUGAAUUUUGGAUAAUAUAAAAUAGAGACAGUUAUGGUCUUUAUUAUUCUAAUUAUGAAUACUGGGUCCUUUUUCUUCUAGUUGGGAUUUUAAUUUGCUUUUUAAUUUUAAUAUUAUUGUAUUAAGUUAGACGUCUCAAAUUAAGAUUCAAUAAUUAAUACUUGCGCACUAACGAUUAAAUUGUUUGA